AUGUCCUACCAGCAGCCAAACCAGGGUUACUAUGCCCAGCCCCCGCCCCAGGGCCAGUACAUGCAAGGCCCGCCUCCACCGCAGCAGCAGAUGUACUACCAGCAAGGUCCACCGCCGCCGCCGCAAGAAGAGAAGAAGGACCGCGGUUGUCUGGCCGCGUGCCUGGCAACACUGUGUUGUUGUUGGUUGUGCGGCGAGACGUGCGAGUGCUGUCUGGACUGCUUCGACUGCUGCUGCUAA